AUGGAAGGGAAUUUGUCCGAAGCAUCCUACACACGAGUUCGCACAUUACUACUUGAAAUGGCAGAUCUCUUACAACGUCUCGAAACGGGCCUACACCGUGCCUCCGGUACUGGCGAACGACUGCGGUCCCAGGUUGAUCGAAUAGAUGGCUACAUGCAUACUUCACUUCCGCUAGAUCUUACUGCACCAAGUAAUGCGAUGCAAGUCAUCGACGCAAAACCCGAACCUGCUGUCCCGUCCGCAUAUGCACAGGGCAACCCCGCCGUCGAAACCUCGCUUGGUGCUGGCCUCGACCAGAUGUCACAGUUUCAGCUGCCACCAGAACUCCUUACAGAUUGGCCAUGGUCAUUGGAUUCUUACAAUACCGAGGGAUUUCUGCCUCUGGCGUCUGAAUAG